CUAAGGAAUUCGUCAUUUGUCAACAUCACUGUAAUCCUGUCAAUAAUGAGUUUCUCGUCAUUAGUGGGGAUUUAGUCGUUGAUUUUUCCUUUCAAGUAGCAUCUAAGAAUGUUGUUGGUGGCUUCGUGGUGGUACAGAUCGUUCUUGCUAGUAGACACUUAAGAACAUUGUGGUGGCUUCAUGGUAGUGCAAUUUGUAGGGUUUUUGUUGUUGGUUAUUCUUUUUCCAUUGUUCUAGCUUAUGUAUAUGCAAUUAACUCCUUCCUUUUUUCAACUAUGUAUAUGUCAACUAAUCUUUUCUUUUUCAAGAGCCUUAAAAAUGUUGUUGGUGACUUUGUGGUGGUGCCAAUUGUCCUUGCUGCACUUAGUGACUUCAUUGGUGGUUUCUUUGGUGUGAUUCAUUGCUGCUAA